CCUGACAUUUGGCAAAAACAAACAAAAAAACGCGUAGAAAACAACAAAACAAAUUGUAGAAAAAAUGACACAAUAACAUUAACAAGCCUCUUCAAAACCCCCCAAAUCACAUUCAUUUCUCAUCUUGUCCUCUUCACCAACAAUCAAACCCUGAUAACUCCAUUGUUUUCAUCAACAUUCAUUCACAACAAGAUGAAGAUGAAGAGAUCAAUACCUGUAGAUUGUUCAGAUCAGAAGCCUCUGAAGAAGAUCAAACAAUCAGAACACGAUCGCCGUCGUUCGCCGCCGUCAUCGCCGUCGUAUUCCGCCGCAGCGGCAGUUUUCACCGACGAAAAUCUGUUAUACGAAGUAUUAAAGCAUGUAGACGCAAAAACGUUAGGUACGGUUGCUUGCGUCAGCAAGCAGUGGCAUCGAACGGCUCAGGAUGAGAGGUUAUGGGAGCAGAUCUGCACGGAAAACAUCGGAUACGGUAGCGAACAGCUCCGUACUGUAGUCCGCGCACUCGGCGGUUUCCGGUGUCUUCAUUCUCGUUAUUUAUUACCGUUAACAAAACCUAACGCUUCGAUUAAAACGUCGUCGUCUUGUUACACCGUAGCCGCUGCGACGUCGUCGUCGGUGUGGCCGUGUGUUCCGCCUCCGCCGCGUGCGGUUGUUGUUCCGGCGAAACCUCCGGCGGUUAAAACUUGGGGAAAAGAUGAGAUCCAGCUGUCACUAUCGCUUCUAUCGGUUCGUUACUUUGAAAAGUUGAAUUAUAGUAACCGUAACGAAUGAAAUUGGUUGAAAUUUAACGAAAUUGAUUGAAAUGGUUGAAGUUUCAGUGUAAUUUGUUGAUUUUGAGUUGUUUUUGUUGUUAUUGUUUGUAAUUUUGUAGUGUAAAAUAGUAGAUCCGAUGAUAUGAUAUUUAGACGGUGGUGAUAAUGCGUGUUUGUUAGGUUUGGCGGUUACUUCGCCGUGGGUCACGGCGGUGGACGGUGGUUGUCGGAAAAUGAGGGGAUGCGUGUAAAAAGUGAUAAAGGUAGGUGAGGACUGAGGGAUGUGUCGUUUUCCACGUUGGCGUUAUGUGUAAAGACAAAUUAUAUAAAAGACAAAAUUGAUUUUU